AUGACCUCGACUCCCUGGUCCGUCGUCACCAAGCCAUCAGGAAGCACCGGCUUUGCAAUGGAUCCGAGCUGGACCGACCUCGCACCGGCCCAGUAUGAGGACAUUAUGCGGCCUGCCGAGGGAGGGGGUCUACACCAUCUCAGCAGUCUGUUGCAGAUGCACACGAAAUCCAUACGCCUUCUCACCGAGGCCCUACAAAGGCAAGCAUCUGUCAAGACUCGAUACGCAGCUCUGACCUCAUUCAGUGGUUCGCUUUCGCACCUGGAAGGAGCAGUGACUCCCACGGCCAACCGCUUCGACUCCACGGCCGAUCGCUUCGACUCCACGGCUGAUCGCUUCGACUCCACGGCCAACCGCUUCGACUCCACGGCCGACCGCGUCGACUCCAUGUACGACCUGCCCGGCAGCCUCGAAGACCAGCUUGAGCAAGUCUCCCGCUUUGUAGAGCAGCUUGCUCUGCUGAACCCUGCAGCACAAGCCCCACCUAUCCCGCUGCGGAACCCUGCAAGAUUACCCACAGAGAUGCCAGGCCAUAUCAGUACAGCUCCGUUUCCGUUGUCCUCACCAGCCUCAUCUUCUCGAAGAGCAAGUCUGAAGACAGCAUCGCCGUCCGCACCUUCUUCGAUAUCGAGUCCCACCAGUAACCACAGUCCACCUAGCCUGGCUGGUUCAUCGCCACCAACGACACCUCGGAGACUCGAUUUUGGAAGACCCUCGGCCCGCUGCUCAACCAGCACUUAUGGGUCGCAUACCCAUCCCGAACCCAGCGAGACCAGCAGAGUCCGAUCAACGUCGAGACUAAGCCCCUUCCCAGCACGGCAACGCAGCAUCACGAAGCUGCACCGCAGCGGCACCACCGCAAGCCAAGAGGCUGCCUUCGAGAAAGACGCCUUCCGUAACGCCGCCGUGCUAUGCGACGUCCGCGGCAGCCUGGUCGAAUACUCGCAACAGACCCAGCCGGACCCCGACUGCCCCAGCGACAUCGCCGACAUUGAAAUGGUAGAAGCAUGCACCUCCUGUCGCAUCGCCGUAGUCCGGAAGCGCAUCCCCUCGACCGAGACACGCGCCGCGCGCUUCGUGACGUCCAUCUGGGCGCUGAACAGCGACAACAACGUCCGCGUCGAGCUCAAAAUAGACAAAGGCGAGGCUCUUAUCCCGUACAGCUCGUACUUUUCUCCCGCCAAAGUGAGCACCACGGUCCCGUGCGAGCUGCGCUUCCACGACGUGCGCUUUGGCAACCAGCUCCUGCGCACCGCGCGCACAAGCUGGGUCAACUUCGUCUUCGCCGACGCCGCGGGCGCAACGCUCUUCCAGGGCGCGCUCAUGGGGCGCACCCUGCUAGCCACGUUCCGCACGAGCAAGACGAUGCGCAUCCACGACGGGCCGAUGGCGGCGUUUGCGUACGCCGAGCAGAUGUGUGCGCUCGAGAACUUGAGGAUCUGGGAGGAUCCAGACUCGGGCGCCGUCAUAGGCUUGGUGCACUUCUCCGCCAGCUUCAGGCCGGGAUACCUCGCCUUCUACCUGAACAGCAGUACCAAUCCUGUCCAAGUGGCCGAGUCCGGGCCCAGGGAAGUCAAGAUCAAAGGCCUUCGUGUGCCGAUUGCGGAGGCGGGGAGGGCGAUGAGGAAGGACAGCGUUGUUGAUGAUACUGACGCGGUCGCAGAGGCUGGCGGAGUGCUCGGUGGUGCCGGGAAGGAGAGGAGGUGGAGCACGGCUGGAGUCAAGAGCAAGGGCAACAAGGUGGAGGUCGACCGCAAGAAAGUCAUCAGCGGUGCGAAGAUGGAGUUUGCGAGUGCGGCGGAGAAGAGCGGAUUCUUGGCGCUGGUGCACGAGUAUCAGACCCCCGGGAAGCUGUUGAACGGCCAGCUGCAGAACGCGGACUUUACCAACGUCGACUCCAUAGCCAAGCACGUACACAGUCUCAUACUUUUCUCCGCCACUGGCGAUCGUAGCUUGAACCAGCUCUUGAACAGCGGCUUCCAUCCACAUAUCCCGAUAGGACAUACAAAGAAGGACGUGGCCUUCCGCCUCGUCCCCAACACCAGGCGCCUACAUCCCACCAAGGACAUGGACUGGGAGCAUGGCACCGACAAAGUCACACUACCUCCAAUGAUCUUGGGCAUCAACCACAGCGUGCAGCUCAACGAGGCAAGCUUGGCGCGCUUCACGAAUGCGUCACAAUGGCUGACUCCACCACGACCAACACCAGCGAGAUCUUUGCAAAAGACUGGUACAGCACACAUUACAUCCUCAUCGCGAACAUCGACCGGCUUGGGUGUCUGGGCGAGAUCUGGAUCCUCGGGAUCUUCUGGGGCGACAGGAACGACGUCGAACCUUCUAACUAACUAG